AUGCGUGAAAAGUCAUCUAUUUUGUUCAUUACUGUAUUCUCGCAAUUACUCAUUAUUUGUGGCGCCUCGCAGCCUAUGAAGCCGACUGUCGAUGAAUUCGGUAUAAUUUCCCAUACGAUAUGCGACGGGCAACUUGCCGAAUUGAGUUGCGAUCCUGGCACUGUCAUCUCGGUCGUUCUUGGUAAUUACGGGAGAUUCUCGAACCAGGUUUGCAUCGUCGACGCUGACAACUUUGUUCCGUCCAAUAACAAUUGCCAAAAUCACAAAACCAAAGAGAUAUUGGAGAAAAAAUGCAAUGGAAGAUCUUCGUGCGAUUUAACCGUUUCAAAAGAAACAUUCAUCGAGGAUCCAUGCCCGUCGACUAGCAAAUAUCUUGAAUUCAAAUAUAAAUGUGUGAUUGGCGAGACGACAACUUCCUCAAGCACUUCUAGCUCCACAACCACCACUGAAAACAGCGUCGUUAUUGAGGAUCGAGCGAGUACCGAUGAGAUUGGCCGUGAAAUUGACUCUAACAAACUUAUCAAGAACCCGGGAUACUGCCCAGAAGUUGAACGUCGCGGAGUGAAAUGGCCAGCUACCAGAAGUGGACAUACCGCCAUUGCUGAUUGUCCAGAAGGAUCUUCUGGAAAACAGAUUUGGCAUUGCCAAGCUAUUGGCGAAUGGUUCACGGAGUACGCGAACUCAUCGGGUUGCGAAAGUGCAUGGGUAGCCGUUCGAAGUGGCCAGCUCAAUGAAGUGAUCGGAAGUGUCGAUCCAACUGGAAUCCCCGAAGUUCUGCGAAAUCUUGCAUCCGACACUCGCAGGCCAAUGGUUGGCGGAGAUUUGCCGAAAGUUUUGCAUCUUCUUGAGCGAAUUGUUGAAGUUAACGUCGAAGAGCCAUGGACCAGAAGUAUUCAAGCAUCGGCUAACAAAAUGAUCGUGGAGGUGCUGAACACAGUUCUCAAAACCAAUAAUGUUUGGGCGAGCUUCGACAGCAAAAAACGAAGGGAAUAUGCAACACGAAUUUUGUUCCUUUCCGAAAAAGCUAUGAUUGCGACUUCAUUGUAUAUGUCCACUGCCGAUUCUAAUGUGCUUGUUCAACCUCUCGUCACAUCCGAAGUCUCGCCUGUCACAAGAAUAUCUUCUCAACUCUCGGAUUAUAUACUUUUCCCAUCUUCUGCAUUAUGGGGGAAUCAGAUGGUCGACAAUGUGAACAUUCCGCAAGAAGCUCUUGCGAAAAUCACUAAUGAUGAAGCUCGAGUUUAUUUUGCAUCGUUCGCUAACAUUGGAACCCAGAUGACGCCCCGAGACUUAAUAAUCCCGUCGAUGAAUCCCAAUGAGGAGGCAAUUGUCAGAAAGCGUCGUGUUGUUUCGCGAAUCGUCAGUGUCACACUCAUUCACAACGGCAAAGCAAGACAAGUUGAAAAGCUAAAGCAGCCGGUUCGCAUCAGCUUUUAUCAUAGAGAAUCUUCAAUUCGACACAUGGACGCACCAACAUGCGUUUGGUGGAAUUAUCAUCAGCUUGAUUGGUCGCCGCUCGGAUGCAGAUUGGCUAGCCACAAUAACACGAUGACCGUUUGCGAAUGUGAUCAUCUCACACACUUUGCCGUUUUAAUGGAUAUUCGUGGCAUUGAGCUUGACGAUACCAACGAAUCCAUUUUGACAAUGCUUACUUUUGUUGGUUGCUCGGUUUCGAUCAUCUGCUUGUUUGUCACCUUGUUUUGCUAUCUAAUUUUCAGCAAGGGUGGUGGUGACAGAGUGUUUAUUCACGAAAACCUAUGUCUUUGCCUUGCCAUCGCGGAGAUAACAUUCCUCGCUGGAAUAUCGCGAACUGACAACUCAAUGCAAUGCAGCCUCAUCGCCGCUGCUUUGCUGUACUUGUUUCUCGCUGCACUCACAUGGAUGCUCCUUGAAGGCUAUCACAUAUAUCGAAUGUUCACCGAGGUUUUCCCAUCAGAUCCUCGUAAGCUGAUGUAUUUCGUGAUUGGAUACGGAUGCCCAGCUGUAAUUACUUGCGUCGCCUAUUUUUAUGAUCCAAGCGGUUUUGGAACACCUCAGCAUUGCUGGCUGCGAACCGACAAUCAUUUCAUAAUCUUCUUCGUUGGACCAGCUUCAUUCAUGAUCUUCAUCAAUACCUGCAUUUUGAUAAAAACGCUUUGUAUCGUUUAUCAACAUUCUCGUGGUGGAUAUGUUCCAUGCCGUCACGAUGUGGAUUCUGGAAGACCUAUUCGAUCAUGGGUGAAGGGAUCAAUGGCAUUGGUGUGUCUCCUCGGAGUUACCUGGAGCAUUGGACUUCUUUGGAUAGACGAUGGAAAGUCAAUGGUGAUGGCCUACCUGUUCACCAUCUGCAAUUCCCUUCAAGGAUUAUUCAUAUUCCUCUUCCAUGUCGUCUUCUCCGAUAAGAUGAAAAAGGAUGUCUUUUUGUGGAUUCGCCGUCGAGGCUGCGGAUCAGAGUCUACACCAACCCCUCAAAAGCGAAUCAUAAUUCCACGUGACGCGAUGUCUCCGGGAAUGAACAGUUCAACUGGCACAGAAUUCUUGUACCCGUCGAGCGAGAAGUACCUGGUGAGCUUGGAUACUACGAGUCGAUUGCCAUAUAGUCAACGAAUGCCCCAUCCGAGCCAUAUUCCGCACAUGUAUGAACCCCAACAAGGAACCUAUGAUUAUGCAACAAUUUCAUAUGGCGAAAUGCUGCCUGGUCAUCGUAUAGCAGCACCGCCAGCCUACCAACGAUUGGCAUUCGCGAGUCCGUCAGACGCUGCUCGCUACGAUGCUCAAUUGUAUUAUGCUCAUAACAAUGGCGGAUGGCAUCGACCACCACCCGAGUUCUCACCGCCACCACCGCCAUCACAACAGCAUCAGCAGCAGCGCGGAAUACCGUAUCCAAGUGGUUCGACUGGUCGUCGGCCACCAUCAUCCAAAAUGAGUGAUGAUUCGGCAUAUUCCGAUGGAGGGUCUUCUUCAAUGCUCACCACCGAAGUCACGCCACAAGGCCAAACAGUGUUGCGCAUUGACCUCAACAAGCCUAACAUGUAUUGUCAGGAGUUGUAG